AUGCCAACUUUCAGAGCUCAACCUCCAGUCAAAUCAAGCACUCAACACAACAAUCCGCUGCAAAAAGCAUUCUACACUUUUCUUCACCACUAUAUUUCUAAUCAGGAUACCGCACAAGAGGCCAGCAAUGAUUUCGGCUCAUUACUAUCCUCCAUGCCAAAACGCUACACUCUCUAUCCACCACUCUUGCUUCUCCCUACUAAUAUCUUUUCCACCACACCAACUUGGACAGCAUUUAUCUCACAACUCAGCUCUGGAGAUCUGCAAAUCUUCUAUAAGUUUAUCAUAGAAGCAUUUAAACACCAAGGUGUCACCCACAUUGCGAUCAACGCGCCAAUCUCCUCCUUAACUCCCCAUGGCAUCUCAAACACCACUAGAAUUCCAUCUGGUCUAGUUCCACUAUCUGGAGACUUCGGACCGCGGAGUCUACUGAGCAGUGACAAUGACCCUUCCGCUCAACCUUUGGAGGCCGAUUUCUCCGCUGCUUUCUGGGUCCACACUACCCAAAAUGGUGGUAUAUUCCAGACCUGGGCUCCUUUAUGGACAAUGUUCAGUCGUGGCAAUAUCAGCGAAAAAGCCCGGAUUCUCAGUAAAGGGACAUUUGACGGUCUCGAUGGUGCAGAUGGGAUGCUGCAGCAGGAUUUGAGGGAGAUUGCAGUGGUGGAUAUGUAUGUGGGGAUAGGGUACUUCGCUUUUUCGUACCUGAAGAGGGGAAUUGGGAGGGUGUUUGGUUGGGAGGUCAAUGGGUGGAGCGUGGAAGGGCUGAGAAGGGGCUGUGAAGGGAACGGGUGGGCAGUUCGGGUUUUAAAUGUCGGUGACGAGGGCUUGGUGCGUGAUGGAGAGGGAAGGUUUGGGCAAGAUGCGCUUGAAGUAUUGGUGGCAGAGCUUGGACAGGACUCGAAGCUGAGGAUGGUGGUGUUUCAGGGAGAUAACCAAUGGGCCGGAGAGAUUUUGACGAAGAUCAAGGCGCUGAGUGGGAGGAUGGUGGAAUCUGGAGACAGCUGCUCGUGGCUGGAUGUCCGGCAUAUCAACCUGGGCCUGCUGCCGACUUCGAGAAUGUCGUGGAACGACGCGAUAGACAUGCUAGACCAGAAGAAAGGUGGUUGGAUUCAUGUUCAUGAAAACGUGGACAUUUGGGACAUAGAGGGGAAAAGGGAAUCGGUUCUCCUGCACUUCCGUUCACAACUCGGAGACACGAAAGCAGCUUCAUGCUCGCAUGUCGAGCAAGUGAAGACUUAUGCGCCAGGAGUUAUGCACUGUGUCUUCGACAUCCACAUUGAGCCCAAGCCAAUAUCACCAGGAGUAAUGGGAAAUGGGUGA